AUGGCCAAAAACUGUGCUUGGAAAUCGCUAUUCCCCACCGGCGAUGCGAUUCGACUUCCGCGCGAGAAGAAGAAGAAGAACGCUCUCGCCGCACGGACGCUGCUGCUGCUGGGCUUUGACGUGGAAUACAACGCUUUCCAACAACCAACGGCCUUUGCUCUUUACUGCUCACCAUCAGCUUCUAUCAUUAACCUCGACAUCACAUCCAUCAUGAGGACGUCCAUAUCCUCAAUGGCCAAAUACGGCCUUCUCGCACUACUCUCGCUGCUCGCUCUCACCCAGCUUACCUGCACAUUCGCCCAACGUCAAGCCAAAGAGCAAGACUCGCUCUUCAAACAGAUCCAAUCCUCCGGCAAAGGAUUCAUCGAUGUCGACACGAACGAAUUCUCGCAGAUCAUCCAGGUGCCUCGAGACUAUGCGGUCACUGCGCUGCUGACCACCACUACUGGGAGUAUCAAGUGUCCACCGUGCCAAGCGUUCCAGCCCGAGUUCGAGAAGCUGACGCAGCAGUGGAACAAGAACAAAUCCGUCAAGUCGAAGAACGUAUUCGUCAAGGUCGAAUUUAACCGUGCUCAAGGCGUAUUCGCCAGGUAUCAGCUGCAACACGCUCCCGUACUAUACACCUUCCCGGUACCUACCGCAACCGACCAGUCACCCGAACACAUCUCUUUCGACUUUAACGCUCGAGGUUUCUCCGCCGAAGAAGUCGCCUCCCACCUCAACAAGCUGCUCAAGACCAAGUUCAGCUACAAGCAACCUUUGAACACCAAACUCAUCACAGCCACCAUCACGGGUGUCAUCACGCUAGCCGGUUCCAUCUUCUUCCUGGCACCUUACAUCCCGGCUCUGUUCUCCUCGGCAAAGCCGUUGUGGAUGAUCCUCUGCAUCGGAAGCAUGAUCGUGUUCAACUCGGGCUACAUGUGGAACUCGAUUCGAGGCGCACCGUACAUCGCGGCAGGUCAGGGUGGGAAGCCGGAGUACUUUGCGGGCGGGUUUCAGAAUCAAUAUGGGGUGGAGACGCAGAUCGUAGCGGCCAUCUAUUCGUUGUUGGCGUUCAGCUUUAUCGCGCUCACCGUGCUGGUGCCGAGUCAGAGGGAUCCGGAUCAAGAACCCGAGCUAUCCGUUUAG